CUUGAAUUCUCGAGUGAAAGUAGUGAAACGGCGCGAUAUGGAGGGAUUCAGGAAAUCAGGAGGUUGCACCUGUUGCACCGAAGCUGCCGGUCGAUGACGACAUCCAAAAGCUCACGAGACGUGAGAGCAUUUCGAGAGCGUGACAGCGACGCGCUCACAGAAGACGGCGACUUGUCAUAGUAGCCACAAUCAAAACCACUGUCAAGAUCAGAAAUGGUGCUCGUUCCAGGAUUGCUUCCGCCUUCGCGCGAGAAUUGGGUCUUGAUCAACAAUCUCUGGCAGUUCUUCCCUGUCGUUACUGGUAUCCAAUGGCUCAUCGACUUCUAUCCUCAGGGAAAGACGUCGAUUGAGUCGCGUUUCAACCUCCCUGGAAAAUGGGCGUGGGCUAUCAUGGAAGCGCCAGGCUUCAUCACGUUGCUUUACAACAUGAAGACGCUGCCCAGUGAGCUCGGUCUGGGUCCUCUGCCCUGGGUCAAUUGGACCAUGGCUGGUCUCUACUCUGCCCACUACUUCUACCGCGCAAUCCUGUCCCCGCUCGUCCUCAACCCAAGCAUGUCGCCCAUCCACCCUCUCGUUUUCGUCUCCGCCCUAGCCUUCAACCUGACCAACUCCCUCUGUCUAUCAGGCUGGCUCGCUGGCUACGGCCCCACCACCGCCCACGACUGGGCUGGUCGCCUCUACUGGAUCCAAGCCGGCCUCGUCGUCUGGGGCUGGUCUCUCCUCGGCAACAUCUUCCACGACGACGACCUCCGCGAGAUCCGCCGUUCCGCCCUACGCCGCCAGAAAGAGCAAGCAAAGAAGGACAACAAGCCUAUCGAAGGUGUGCAGAAACUGUACAUGAUGCCCAAGAAUGGUCUCUUCCAUUACGUGCUCUUCCCUCACUACCUCUGUGAGUGGUUUGAGUGGUUGGGCUUCUGGAUGAUUGGAGGUUUGGCUUGUACUCCGGCUAGAGCUUUCUUGUUCAAUGAGAUUAGCACCAUGUUGCCGAGAGCUCUGCAGGGUAGACGUUGGUAUAUUCAAAAGUUUGGCAAGGAUAGGGUUGGCAACCGUAAGGCUGUCAUUCCUGGCUUAAUCUGAUCUGAUCUGAGCUGGUCUGAUCUGGUCUGAUCUGGUCUGGUUUGAUUCGACACAAUACGGAUGCAUCUGCUGAGACGCAAAUGGAGACGAUGCAAUGUCUGCAAAUGCUCAUAAUGACUGGCACGCGAGGAGUCGGCGUCCAACUCAUGAUUACUCUAAUAUUACAUAGCAAUGAGAAUACUAAUCGGUUACAUCCAAUCAUGAA